GGGAACUUUUGUUUCCCAAUUUCCACAAGGCACUUUCGUAAAUACGAUCUACCACAACGUAUUGGCGUUACUCCUGGCGCGCUAACGUAGCUAGGUCCAAUUUUUGACGUUGCAUCUGGAGCCCCGCAACUCUGAGCUUCCAAUAGAAGUUGUGGAGCGCUCAGUUAUUUAGGCUGUUCUGAGCAACGGGUGAUGCGUAGAUGCGCUUUCACUGCCUUGGAGUUGGAUCAAUUGGAUCAUUGCUCGCGUUUCAUCUCCGACAGACCAACCCAGCCCCGAAACACACUGUUUGUCUUCUUGUCAAGAGGAAUGCUUUCCGAAGGGACUUGCGGCAUCGUGAGGGCGGCAUCGAGAAGGGUAAAGCGAGUAUAUGUGUCGAGUCGGGAGGAGUGCGGAGAAGAAUCGGAGGCUUUGACGUCGAGGUGCAUGACCCUGUUACCGAUGGGAUACAUGCAUUGUCACGAAUACGCACGUUACAUCGUCCGGAACCCCCCGGAUCUGCUGGAAGGGAUAUACGGCCCAUGGAUCCUGACCGCACAUCCUCAACGGAAACUCCGGCUCCAAUACAACAUUCCCACCCCCCACCAUAUCACACCUCGACCAUCCAAUCACUACUUGUCACCACGAAGGCAGGAUCAACCAAAGGAGCCCUCAAGGCGCUCAAACCGAGAUUGGGCCCCUCUAGUACCAUUGUCCUCCUGCAGAAUGGUAUGGGCCAAUACGAACAACUUGCGUCAGAGGUUUUCCCCCAGCCAUCAAUGCGCCCUCACUUCAUCAUUGGUACAACCACUCACGGGGUGUGGUCGAAAGGGGUCCAUGACGUUGUGCAUGCCGGACCGGGGAGUAUUCACUUCGCAGUCGUGCCAGACCCACUUAACAGACGUGGAUUUGAGCCAUCGUACCCUUUUGAGAUCGCUGCAACGGGGAAAGCCCCUCCACUGGACACUUCUGUCAUCUCAGGCGCCUCGAGAUACACGGACGAUCCGGAAUUCUGGUCGCUUGCUGAAACUUUGCGCGCACUCCUUAGGUGCACGGAGUUGGACCCAAAGUGGGUCCCGUACGAUGAACUCAAGAGUAUGCAGGGGAAAAAGUUGGUCGUCAAUGCGUGCAUUGGACCGCUUACCGCUCUGCUUGAGUGCCGAAAUGGCGCGCUCUAUGGUGACCCGUCGGCCCGCAGACUCGUCCGUCAAGUGUGUUCCGAAGCCUUUCAGGUAUUCGCGGCGGAAGCGGAAAGCCAGAAAGGCAAAAACGCGGAGAGUCCCAAAUCAUUCGUCUCCCUUUUUUCCCUCAAGUCGUUGGAGAGUGAAGUUCUUCGGGUCAUGCGCACGACAUCGACGAAUUUCUCUUCUAUGCUUGUAGAUGUGAAGCGUGGACGACAGACCGAAAUUGAGUUUAUCAAUGGUUACCUAUCACGUUUAGGUCGAGCACAUGGAGUUCCGACACCCACUAUCGAUGCUCUUAUGGAGAUGAUACGUAUGAAGGGUGUAAUACCUCCCACACCCAGCCUAGACUCAAAAUUAUAGCUAUGAGCUC